CCACGACUCCAUGACCCAUAUCGUGUGUUUGAAAAAAAACCAAAAUCAUGGAUUACAUUCUUCCCUAAAAUGGCGCCAUUUUCUUCCCGCUCCCCAUAAUUUCCCCCAAUUUUCAACCCUAAUUCACUCACUCCCACCCCCAAUUCUGACAAAACCCAUUUGUUUCGUUCAACAAAAAAUCCAAUCUUGAAGAUGUUCUACUCUCACAAUCUGCUUGCAAGAAAGGGUCCGUUGGGCACUGUGUGGUGUGCAGCACAUCUUCAAAACAGACUCAAGAAACCCAACUAUAUUAGUGUCAACAUCCCCUCAACUGUUGAGAAAAUAAUGAACCCGGAAGUCCCGAUUGCCUUAAGAAUGUCCGGGCAUCUUCUAUUUGGCGUUGUUAGAAUUUACUCAAAGAAAGUCGAGUAUCUCCAGCAUGACUGUAAUUCUUUACGUAUAGAAAUAAGCAAGGCUUAUGCAAACGCCGAUAUUAAUCUACCCGAAGACGCAAACCAAGCAAAGUACGAGUCCAUUACUUUGCCUGACAACUUUGCCCUUGAUUUAAUGGGUAUCGAAGACCACGACCUAAAUGGGUAUACCUAUUUUACCCUUUUCCAUUCAAACCUUGAUCCUACUUUUGAGAGUCAAACAUGCAUAAACUUUUUGAUAACAAUUACAUCAUUGAAAAACUAGAACUUCCCUGAGAAAGGUUUCAUCUAAAGUGUGUGGUCGAUUCCCACGUAUGCCUAAAACUCCAUUUGGUUUAAAUAAAAGGAAACCACGGCAAAGAAAGUCCACUUAUUAUUA